AUGAAGUCUCCAAGGAUGAGAGUCUGUGCUAGGUCGGUCUUGCUGUCUCAUUGGCUCUUUCUGGCCUAUGUGUUAAUGGUGUGCUGUAAGCUGAUGUCUGCCUCCAGCCAGCACCUCCGGGGACACACAGGUCACCACCAAAUCAAGCAAGGGACCUGUGAGGUGGUCGCAGUGCACAGGUGCUGUAACAAGAACCGCAUAGAGGAGCGAUCACAAACGGUCAAGUGUUCUUGCUUCCCAGGACAGGUUGCUGGCACAACUCGGGCUCAGCCUUCUUGUGUUGAAGCUUCCAUUGUGAUUCAGAAAUGGUGGUGCCACAUGAAUCCUUGUUUGGAAGGAGAGGAUUGCAAAGUGCUGCCAGAUCACUCAGGUUGGUCCUGUAGCAGUGGCAAUAAAGUCAAAACUACAAAGCUGAAGGGGGCCGAUGCUACUGUCCUCCACUUAGCAGAUGAAGAAGCAGCUUAG